GAGAAAAUGGCGGCAGGGGUGGAAGCAGCUGUAGAGGUGGUGGUGACUGAAUCCAAAAUGGAGGAGGAAAGCGGAGCGCCCGGCAUAGUGAGUGGGAACGGGACCCCAACCCCCAAAAGUGAAGGCGAACGAUCAAGUCAAAAUGAGAAGAGGAAGGAGAAAAAUGUGAAAAGAGGAGGGAAUCGAUUUGAACCCUAUGCCAAUCCUACUAAAAGAUACAGAGCCUUCAUUACAAAUAUACCAUUUGAUGUGAAAUGGCAGUCCCUUAAAGACCUGGUCAAAGAAAAAGUUGGUGAGGUAACAUACGUGGAGCUCUUAAUGGACGCUGAAGGAAAGUCAAGGGGAUGUGCUAUUGUUGAAUUCAAGAUGGAAGAAAGCAUGAAAAAAGCUGCUGAAGUUUUGAACAAGCAUAGUCUGAGUGGAAGACCUUUGAAAGUCAAAGAAGAUCCUGAUGGCGAACAUGCCAGGAGAGCAAUGCAAAAGGCCGGAAGACUUGGAAGCACAGUAUUUGUAGCAAAUCUGGAUUAUAAAGUUGGCUGGAAGAAACUGAAAGAAGUGUUCUGUAUGGCUGGCGUAGUGGUUAGAGCAGAUAUUCUUGAAGAUAAAGAUGGGAAAAGUCGUGGAAUUGGCAUUGUUACUUUUGAACAGUCGAUUUAAGCAGUUCAGGCUAUAUCAAUGUUCAAUGGCCAGCUGCUAUUCGAUAGACCAAUGCAUGUGAAGAUGGAUGAAAGGGCCUUACCAAAGGGUGACUUUUUCCCUCCUGAGCGCCCCCAGCAACUCCCUCAUGGACUUGGUGGCAUUGGCAUGGGGCUAGGACCAGGAGGGCAGCCCACUGAUGCCAGUCAUCUAAACAAAGGCAUAGGAAUGGGCAACAUAGGACCUGCAGGAAUGGGAAUGGAAGGCAUGGGAUUUGGAAUAAACAAAAUGGGAGGAAUGGAGGACCCCUUUGGUGGUGGCGGCAUGGAAAACAUGGGUCGGUUUGGAUCUGGCAUGAACAUGGGCCGAAUGAGUGAGAUGGAUCGAGGAAUGGAUGGGAAUGGCUCGGAGUUUUGGAGAACCUCUUGGCAGGGUGGUGGUGGUGGCAGUGUUCCAGGAAUCGAGAGGAUGGGGCCUGAGAUUGAUCAUAUAGGUGGUGCUGGGAUGGAAAGAAUGGGUUCUGGCCUAGGCCAUGGAAUGGAUAGAGUGGGAUCUGAGAUGGAGAGAAUGGGCCUUGUCAUGGAUCGUAUGGGGUCUACUGUAGAGAGAAUGGGGUCAGGAAUAGAACGAAUGGGUCCUCUUGGCAUAGACCACAUGACAACAAGCAUCGAGAGAAUGGGCCAGACCAUGGAUAGGAUAGGUUCUGGUGUAGAACGAAUGGGAGCUGGCAUGGGUUUUGGUAUUGAGAGAAUGGCUGCUCCUAUAGAUCGGGUUGGCUCAACUAUAGAGAGGAUGGGAUCAGGUGUGGAUCGCAUGGGUACCACCAUGGAUCGCAUGGGUCUAAGUAUGGAUCAGAUGGUGCCUGCUGGCAUGGGAACUGGCAUAGAUCGCAUGGGCCCAGUUAUGGAUCGAAUGUCUACUGGUUUGGACCGUAUGGGUGCCAAUAACAUGGAGUACAUGGGGUUGGACCAUAUGGGUGCCAAUAACAUAGAGCGCAUGGGAUUGGACCGUAUGGGAGCCAAUAACAUAGAAAGAAUGGGUCCCACUAUGGGACCAGCCCUAGGUUCAGGAAUGGAGCGCAUGGGACUUGCCAUGGGAGGUAGUUUUGACAGAGCUAUGGAAAUGGAUAGGGGAAACUUUGGAGGCAGUUUUGCAGGAUCUUUUGGAGGUGCUGGUGGCCACGUGCCUGGGGUUGCUCGAAAAGCCUGCCAGAUAUUUGUGAGAAAUCUCCCUUUUGACUUUACAUGGAAAAUGCUAAAAGAUAAAUUCAAUGAAUGUAGCCAUGUGUUGUAUGCAGACAUCAAGAUGGAGAAUGGCAAAUCCAAGGGUUGUGGCAUGGUUAAGUUUGAGUCCCCAGAGGUAGCAGAGAGAGCCUGCCGGAUGAUGAAUGGGAUAAAACUCAGUGGCAGAGAGAUUGAUGUGCGAAUUGAUAGAAAUGCUUAAGCAGUUGCCUUUUUUUUUAACAUCAAUACCA